GAGCACAACCCACUCUUUCACUAGACUUGGCAAAUCUGAUCAAUAAUCGAUUACCCAACUCAAGACACAAACUCUACUAAAAAAUCAUCGUUCCUCCCUAAUCCAUACCCAACUUGAUCGAAUUCGACUUGACAAUCAGUGUUUCCAAUAGUGAUUAUAUUUAUUUAAAUAAGAUUUUCAACAAUAUUUCCGGAUAUGACCCAACCUAACAUGAACAGAUCGAUCUCAACAUGUAAUAAAUGACCCGACCCAACCCGACCCGACCCGAGUUGACCAAUUACCUUUCCACUAUUUCCUUCAAAAAUAAAAAAAAUAAAAAAUAAAAACCGUACACUAAUAAUCUAUAUCGAAGCCCAAAACAUUGCAAACUCAAAUAUGGUGAACCACUUUUGAGCAUCACCCUCUUAAGUCUUAACCAUGUCAAUAUCAAUUUCUAGCACCUGUUCACCGCUUUCAUGGCGAAACUACUGUCACCCAACUCCCAAACUCAUGGCCCGUGCCACAUUUUUAAGGCAUGGGAGCAGCAGCAGCAGUAAUCAAACCCUUCAAUUCAACUCCUCUACACCAGAUUCUUCGUUCACCCAACGAUUUGGGCUUCGCAUUUCUGGGGCUAAAUUGGGAUUUUGCGUUCGAGCUGAGAAUGGUGGAGGAGAGAGAAAGAGAAGUGAGCAAGAAAUUGAGGAUGAAGAAUUGGAAGAAUUGAGGGGAAAAAGCACAAUGCCUGAUAGAUUUAGGUACUUGACUAAGGAAGUUCCUUCUCCCCCUCUUCGUUGGCCUUGGUUUGUAGCGCUAGCAUUUCUCAUCUAUACUUGGAGAUCAGUCUUGUGGGAACUUUCCAAUUGGAAAAAGCUCGUAGCGAAUAUUUUCCAUUUUAUCGGAUACCUAUCGAAACUUGUCUUGGCUCUCAUAUUCCAUUUCAUAGGUGACCCAAUCUCCUACACAAUUCUCUUUUUUGAGACUGCAGUUCAUGCAGUCCGUUCCUUUUACUCCAGCAUAGCGACAUCUGCUCCAAUACCAGAAUUAACCUCAAUCAUUAUGCUCGCUUCUAUUGUACUUGCAAUUGGAGAAGUAGCUUCUCCAAACUCAAUAAAGUGCCAACCCUAUCUUCUUACUGCAGCUGGGAUUAUUGGUUAUGGGGCAGUGAGAGGUUUCAUCAUUGAACCAGUGUUCUGGUUGAUGCUUGCUGGUCUUUUCAGCUUUUCCCGAUUAUUUAAAAAUAGGGAUAAUGUUUCUUCUGCAUUACCUGUAGCAACUGUAUUGGCCUCUGUUGGUGAGCCAUGGGUUAGAGUUUUAGCGAUAAUAUCCUUUACAGCAUUGGCUAUUCAUUACCAUUCUAAAAAUCUUGCAGAAGGAAAUGAAGUAGCUGAAGUUACUUCCUCCAGGGGAAAAGUUCCAUUUCCUUUGUUGGGUGUCGCAUUAGCCAUUGUAAUUCGUGUUGCUGCUAAGUGGGCUGGCUAUCGCCAUUUGACAUGGAUGGUUGUGUAGUUAAUGUGGAGAAAAUUUCAAGCUCUUGGGCUUACUAGAAGAAAAUUUCGUGAUCUUAGCUUGGCUUUGCAACUUUAUGUGCUUCAUUUAGCUGUCCGAAUAUGGUAGUCAUUUUCUUAAUACAGCCUUGAUCAUUCCUUCUGGCUAUAUUACAGAUGUAAAUGUUUACAUUGUAGCUUGUACUUGGCAAUUUUUAGCAACUUUUUACGAAAUAGUUUGUUAGAGGGGCUUGUAUGAUAUGAGUUCCCUCCAGUCAGAAUUAAAAAUGAUAGCCCAACAAUUUGGAAGAAGAAAAAAAAUCAAGGUUAAAAAAAUUCUUCAUUGAAAGAGCAUGGAGCCAUGGAAACUUCACAUAAUACUUUUUGAUCCAUUUGGUAAAGUAUGCACUAUGUACGAGUA